AUGAGCUCCAGGAAAAGACGUAGAGGGAGAAAGAAAGAGGAGGCUGCGGCCGAAAAUGAGGAGGAGAAAGAUUCAAAGCGAGUUCCACAUAAGAGACCCAGGAUCGGGACCGAAAAAGAAGCACCAGAUGGAAAAACGCCAUCCAGUCCAUCACCGCCAAAGAGGAAAAGAUCAAGCGAGCAACUUGACGGUAGCAAAACCAGAGAACCCAGACAGGGGCAUACACACUGGGUGCUAAGCAUUGCUUGGUCCCCGGAUGGGAAGAAGCUGGCAUCCGGCUGUAAGAAUAGCCAGAUUUUUAUCUGGGAUCCAAACACAGGAAAGCAGAUUGGAAAAACAUUAAUAGGACACUCAAAGUGGAUAACGUGGUUAUGUUGGGAGCCUCUUCAUUUGAACCCAGAGUGCAGGUACCUUGCCAGUGCUUCCAAAGACUGCAGCAUUCGUAUCUGGGACACUGUCAUGGGGCAGUGCCAGAAGAUCCUGACCAGCCAUACACAGUCAGUGACCACUAUUAAGUGGGGUGGAGAUGGCUUAUUGUAUUCUGCUUCCCAGGAUAGAACCAUAAAAGCUUGGAGGGCCAGUGACGGAGUUCUGUGCCGUACUUUGCAAGGUCAUGGACACUGGGUAAACACCAUGGCACUUAGUACAGACUAUGUUCUCCGCACAGGGGCUUUCAAUCCAGCUGAAGCCUCCAUCAAUCCCCAGGACAUGCAAGGCUCCUUGGAGCAGCUGAAAGAGAAGGCUCUACAAAGAUACAAUCAAGUCCGGGGAAAAGAUCCUGAGAGGCUUGUGUCAGGCUCUGAUGACUUCACAUUGUUCCUCUGGGCUCCAGCUGAGGAUAAGAAACCUUUACAGAGGAUGACGGGACACCAGGCUCUCAUCAAUGAAGUUCUGUUCUCCCCUGACACCAGAAUCAUUGCCAGUGCCUCCUUUGACAAAUCCAUUAAGUUAUGGGAUGGAAAAACUGGAAAGUAUUUAUCUUCCUUACGUGGUCACGUAUCUGCUGUGUAUCAGAUUGCUUGGUCUGCGGAUAGUCGGCUUUUAGUUAGCGGAAGCAGUGACAGCACACUUAAAGUCUGGGACGCUAAGACCAUGAAGUUGUUUGUGGACCUUCCAGGACAUGCAGAUGAGGUCUAUGCUGUUGACUGGAGCCCUGAUGGGCAAAGUGUAGCCAGUGGAGGGAAGGAUAAGUGCUUAAGAAUAUGGAGACGAUGAGUCCAGCAAUGUACUGACAUGGCUUGGAGAAAUAGAUCUGAUCUUUCAUUAUGAAGAUGGCCAUUCAUGCGCGUGGUCUGUAACAGCUUGACCAAAAUACAGUGUAAUCUGAAAGAAGACUUUUAUAAACCUAUCACAUUGGGAUGGCAUGUGUAACGUGCAUAUAAACCCUGGUAUCGGUGAAAAUGUGAGAUUUACACCAGCGCUACAAAUGUGAUUAACACUGAUAUGUUCUCAAAAAGACUGAAGAUGUAAAUACACAGAGAAAUGGAAUAUGUUGUUCUCUGCCUAUAUGGGCAGCCGUACAGUAAUUUGCCAUAAUAAAACAUAUUGAAUGCCUUAUGA